AUGAUACAACUCGGCAUUACCAGUGCCAUGUGUGAGUUACCACAAGCACGUCGACUUAUGUGUUGGGCACACGUAAUCCGUAAGAGUCGCGAACAUCGAAAAUUGGUAUUAGAUAAAGAAAUAUGGUGCGCUAUUGAAAAAGACAUCGUCAAUUUACAAUUAGUUUUUAAUGAUCAUUUAUUUGGUAGCGCAGCUAGAAUGAUGAUAAUGAAAUGGACUGCUGACAAAGACCUUCAUGCAUUUAGAAAAUAUUUUGAAGACCAGUGGUUACUAUCAUUACCAUUUUGGUAUGAAGGUAGUGCAAAUCUUAGUCCAUCUACUAAUAACGGUCUUGAAUCGUUGAAUGCUAGCACGAAUACACCAUUUGCUAUUCAAAUUGAAUUUACUGAUGAUUUGGCAGUUAGAGCAUAUCAAUGGUUACAAAAACUUGAUCGAACAAAAGUAUUACAUUUAGGUGCAGCUAGUUAUGUUGUAUCUUCUUCUGAACAAAAAAUGGGUACAUCAUUAUGGGUACAAUAUUAUCAUAUUGAUUUUUCUCGUUUAACUCCACCAUUAUUUUGUUCGUGUAAAUAUGGCCUUAAAGAAUACUCUUCCAUUCAUUUACUGGGCUUACUAAUGAUGUGGGAUUAUCGUAGAAUUCCACAGCCACUGGGGAUAAGAAGGGGAAAGAGUCGUCCAAAGAAAGUUAAAUUAGCGUUAACAAAAGACUGA